GCCAAUGGGCGCGGGGUGGCGGGCGGGCGGGCCUGGUGGCCGGGGGUUUAGGGCGCGCACGGGAGGCCGGCCGGACAGACUGACGUUCAGCUGCAACGCGGGUGGCGGUUUGUCCGGGAUGGCGCUGGCGCGGGCCUGGAAGCAAAUGUCCUGGUUCUACUACCAGUACCUGCUGGUCACGGCGCUCUACAUGCUGGAGCCGUGGGAGCGGACUGUGUUCAAUUCCAUGCUGGUUUCCAUCGUGGGGAUGGCCCUGUACACAGGAUAUGUCUUCAUGCCUCAGCACAUCAUGGCGAUACUGCACUACUUUGAAAUUGUACAAUGACCAGGAUGUGACCGGAAUCAAGAGGUUCCUUAGGGAAGAGCCACCGUCUGAAGUUGGAAUGAGACCUCAUUCAAAUGUCGUAAGAAACUCUUCUAGAUGUCAACAUAAUCAAUCCUACAAAUAUAAAGACUAAAAUUCAUGAGUAGAACAGGAAAGCAAUCCUGACUCAUGUGUUGUGUUCUUUAUUUUUAAUUUUAAAAAGGAGCUCUUGUAUAGUAGUUUUUGUCUAUUUUAACAUUGUAGUCAUUUGUACUUUGAUAUCAGUAUUUUCUUAACCUUUGUGACUGUUUCAAUAUUACCCUGUGAAAGCUUUUCUUAAUGUAACAACUUUGAGUACAUUUUAAUUGCCUUCUAUUUCUAAAACCCAAAGUCAUUAGUUGGGCUCUACCGUUCUUUCUUGCUAUUGUACGGCAAACAUAUCUGCCUGGAUAUAUUUCUACUCUUGACCAAAGUUUUGUAAGAAAAAUUCAAGAUUUUGGGCAGGGGGCUGGGGAGGGAGGAUAUUUUACUGAGAACUAUUUACAAAAGACUUAUCUGUAAGUUUGAACUCAGGAGUACAGUUUUAGCUAUCUAGACUCUACUCUUUAACAGCUUUUGCUUUAAAACUAUUAAAGUGUUUCUUAACAAUGAAAAAGAAAGAUCUUGCUAAAGUUAAAAUAAGGAACAUUUCACCUUUUAAAUAUUUAAUUCUUGUGUGGACUCAUUUCCAGAAAAUUUUGGUGAUGAUUCUUGUGACAAAUGAUGGUUAAGUAGCAUUAUUAUGUAAUGCUUAGUACUGUAGAGUUUUUAAUAGAAGGUAAAUCAGUUUCCUCUGAGCACCAUUAAUAACUGCGAACUUCCUUAAAUUUAGUUCCAUGAUUGUAAUGGGUGCUGCAAAUGCGUUUGCACAUUGCAUAUGAUGAGAUGAAUUGUUGAUAAAAAAUUAUAGCAAAAAGAAACGUAAACUUGGUUAAAAUUCUUCCAUGCUUUGUAUUGUUUUUUUUAAAAGAUUUUUAUUCCUUAAAUGUAAAAUGACUACCUGAUUUUUUGAUGUAAACUCAUUAAAUUCAAAGAGAGAAAAAUCA